AUGCACUUCGUAGCGUGGCGACUACUGAUUAGUUUUCUUGUUAUCUUUGUGGUGACCACAGCCGCACCAAGAAAUAUCAACGCGGAUAUAAAACCACGAGAGCAAACUACCGAGCAAUCUUUAAAGAUCCUUGGCGAUAUCCAUGGAAAAACAUUUGCCCUUCCGCGCUCAACAACCCAGAAGCCCUUCCUAGUCGACUCUACGGUAUCCUGUUUUACAAUGCAGCUCUUAUAUUCAGCAGAGGAAACAGACGGCACGGUAAUGCUGUGGCUUCACUAUACGUUGUCUGGCAGCGGAUUCAAGCGUGUUGACACCAUAAGCUUCUCUGUGAAAACAGAAAAAGGAGCUUCAGCAAACAAGCUUCGUUUUGACUUCGAAGGAUCAUCAAAUAAUGGCAUUUCUAUAAAAGAAGCUGAAUUUGUCCACCAGCCUAAUUCUUGUUACCGCCUGAAGAUAACAUCAAAAGACCGGGGGUGCGUUUUUCUGGCUCUACUGUCGAGCUCUGGCAAGUCUGCUUCAAAGCAAUGUGUGCCAGAUGAUGAACUGGGAGGCUGCAAGUAUGAAGGCUUAGAAUCUUCCGAUUCCGAAAAGUGCCUUGAAUACGAAUCGGUUGAAGAAAAUUCAGAAAAUCAAGCCAAUGAAGUCACCGCACAAAGCCCCGACAAUAAUCAACCUCUCCUGGAAACUGAUCCGCAGCUUCAGCAAUAUCAAGAUUUUAAGCGGGGCCUCUUAUUCAGCAGCCUUGUACUAGUGUACUCUUCAUAUGAAGAUGACCCUUUCCGAUUGUGCAUGAUCACGUACAGUCCAAAUGAAGAGCCGAAACCUGACGGGAGGCUUUACAUUCUAACAUCGGGUGUCAAAGUGGAUAAGGCCAUGGUUCAGGCUUUCAAGCCUUAUACACUCAGUUAUCACAAUGAUACUUAUAGAGCAGCGGCCAGGUUAUACCGGAAUGGGAAUUUUCAUGAAACGAAGGUAAUCUUCACCGACAGGAAACAGUGCAUUAUACUCAGAACUCCAGGAUAUCAUAACCUGUGCGAGUUAUUCACUGGAGGUCGCUAUACUAAUGGAAUAUUAAAUGGCAUUUGCUUUUUUAUCUACGCUGUGUAUUGCAAGCAACCGGCAGCAAGUUUUACGAGUUUGGGCGAAUGUUGGCCGCCAGCAAGGAAAUGA